ACAUAUCUCUCGUCGAAACGGUCUUAUCUUCCGCCGGCGAAAUCCACUCCGGCCAUCAACGACCGUCUUUAUGUUCAUUCUCUGCCUUUGCCAUUUCUUCUGAUUUCUCAUUCGCAACUUCUUCUCGUUAUGUUUACAAGUCUGAAGUUGCUAUCUACCACCGGCGUUUAAUUUGCUGAAUGUUGAUUUCAUCUCAUUUGAAGCUAAGCUAAACGUUCAUUGAAAUUGAGAAUUUGUAUCUGGAUGGAUUUCCUAUGACUUUGUUGCUGAUAUGUUUCGGUUUUCAUGGUUGGAUGUGGAGUUGUUGAUGUCUAUUGAUGUUACCGGUAGUAAUAAUGAUAGUUCAGGUUAACGUUAGGGUUUCUAUUAUCUCUCCUUAGUUGGAUGUAUUCUGUUAUUCUAUGGCGAGAUUGACUGAUAAAUGGAAUGAUUUAAUUAAUUGCUGAGGUGACUGUUUCUGGAGCUUCAUUGAAGAAGACUAGGGUUGUUUAUAUAUACGAGAGUGAUCUUCUUCUUGUUGCAUUAGUUGGAUUUCAUCAUUUAUAAUGAAGAGGUUGAGGUCAAGUGAUGAUCUUAAUUCAUUUGGAGAAAAAAGUGUUUCCAAAGAUUGGGGAAGAAGAAGAGAUGAAGAUGCAAAUUUGGGCCGUUCAUCUUCGCACAAAAGCUUCUAUUACAGACCUGAAAAUGGAAGAAAGGGUGUGAUAUCAUCGUCUUCACGAUAUGAUCGGCUUGAAGAUGACCACGAGAGCUCACAAAUGAUUAGGAAGCGAUCAGAUUAUGAUUCUGAGAGUUACGAUAGAAGGAAGAGCUAUGAUAGCUAUAAGAAUGCCAGUGACAAGGGAAUAUUGAGUUCUCCGCGGAUGGAAUAUGGGGGAGAUCGUUUUCAUCGUUCUGAGAGCUUCUCUGUAUCGAGAAGAGAGGUCCCGAAAGGUUUCAGGUCCGAGAGAGAUAGGUCAUGGCGCAGGUAUCCUCAUGCGAAAGAUUUUGAUGAAGGUAGUACUAAUAGGUCUGCUGGUGAAUCAAGAAGCAGUAAAGUUGUCCCAGAAGACAAAACGAGUUCAAGAGAUGUGAAGUCGCCAAACAUCAUGUCCAAGGACUCUGUAAGUGAGCAGUCAAAGAGUGUUGAAUUAAAGAAGAGUGAAGAGUUGCUUGUUGUAAACCAUAGUAGCAGUGAAAGGGAAGAAGGGGAGCUUGAACCUGAAUCUGAUUCUGAUUCUGGAGUUCAAAUGACAAAUAGGAAUGAGCAUUUAGUUGAAGAUUCUGGUGCUUUUGACUUGAAUACUUGUCAAAAUGAUAAAACUGUUGUUCACGAGGAGAAUCCUGUUAUAGAACAUCUAGAAGAUUAUACAAAUCGAGUAACUGAAGUCGGUGAAUCAACAAAUGAACAGACCAAUUCAGAUCAAGAAGAAUUGCCAAUCCCUAAAGAUGCAAGUGAAGCCAAACUCGAUAGUCUAACUGAAAAUGACAUUUAUGGGCUCAAAUCUAUACCUUCAGAAGAUGAACCGCGGGAGAUACUGGGCGUCGAACUUGAGGCCAGAUCAGGAGAUACUGGUUUGGCCCAAUCUAAUCUGGACAAGGGCAAAAGCAUUGUUGUUCAACAUGAAUUGAGGGAGGAUGUGAUGGUCAAAGUGAAAGAAGGAGGUUCUAAAAGCUCAUCAACUUCCAGCGACAACCAUAUAGAUGAAAUAGGUAUGAGGGGAUUGGAUCUGUUCUCCAGAGAUCCUGUUAGAGGGGAAGAGAAACCUAAAGUUGAAAACAAAAUGUUUGAAUCACUUGAUCUCUCUCUUAGCUUACCAAAUGUCUUAUUACCAAUUAACCUGUCUAAGAAUCUACCUGGUUCUCCUACUAAUUCGGAUGGGUUUACCAUGUCAGUAUCUGCUUCAGGUACUCAGGCUUUCUCCCAUAACCUAAGCUGUUCUUUGACUCAGAACACUACGGACAAUUGUGAAGGAUCAGUUAAAAGUCGCUUACUGUUUCAAGGAAUUGAUCAAGGUUGGAAUACUGAACCAAUUCAUAAAGGUGUCUCUUCUCCUCAAAGGAUCUCUUUAACCGGAGAUAGUUUUUUUCACGAUUCUCAAGUAGAUGGUCAGGGUAUACAAAGGCAAAGAAUCGGUUCUGCAGAAGGAAGCUCAACACUAGCAGUUAAAAUGAGAUUGGGGCAUAAGAAUAUUCUGGAAGAUGGACGUGCUUUUAGCAGAGAUAAGACACAUGAACAUAAUUUCAUUGGUGGAUCCGACUCUGCUGAGUCUAUCAUCGACAUGAUGGUUUCCGAGCCUUUACAUGUAACGUCCAAUAUAUUUAAUGAAAUGAGUGGACAAUCUAUUGGAUGUCUGAAGGUGAGUGUGCACAAUAUCAUAUCGGAUGCUGACAAGCAAUUGCAGCUCCGUGCCAUGCAAAAGGGAAUACAUGACAGACCAGAUAUUACCAUGGAUAAGCUGAUGAAAAUGAAUAGAACUCAACUAGAGAUCUUGGUAGCCUUGGUAACAGGACAAACAAACUUUCUUCAGAAAAACAACAAUGACGCCUCUAUUUCUAAUCUUGCUGAGAUCUUUCUGAACCUGAGAUGUAAAAACAUAGCUUGUAUGAAUCUUUUGCCUGUGGAUGAAUGUGAUUGCAAAGUUUGUGAGAAGAAGAGUGGGUUCUGCAGCAAUUGCAUGUGUCUUGUCUGUUCGAAGUUUGAUAUGGCAUAUAAUACAUGUAGUUGGGUGGGGUGCGAUGUAUGUUCACAUUGGUGCCACGCCAAUUGUGCUUUACUUAAGUCAUAUAUUAGGAAUGGACACAGUAUAAGUAGUGAGGUUCAAGUAGCAGCUGAGACUCAAUUUCAUUGCGUUGCAUGUGGUCAUCGGUCUGAGAUGUUUGGCUUUGUAAAGGAAGUCUUUCAAAAUUUUGCAAGGGAAUGGACGGCCGAAGUUCUUUUCAAUGAGCUGGAAUGUGUUAAAAGAAUCUUCUAUGCCAGUGAAGACGUAAGAGGAAGGCGGCUUCAUGAAAUUGCUGUUCAGAUGUUGCUGAGAUUGGCGAACAAUUCAAAUCUUCAGGAAGUUCAGUAUUAUAUUCUAGGUUUUCUUUCUGAUAGUAAUUCCUCCAAGUAUGCUGAUCUCCCAACUGCCACUAGAAGCGGUCCAUCAAACAAGAACCAAGAAGCAGCAGUAGCAGCAAAUGGGUUUCCUGCCCCCAGCCAUGAAGUUAUACUCUCUAAACCACAAUAUCCAUUGACCCAACUGGAAAAACCUUCGAGCUCAUCAUUACGUGGAUUAGAAUUCAUGCAGAAGUGUAAAGAUCCUUUGGAUUCAGAUACGCAUUGGACUUCUUCUCAAAAGGAACCUGUUUUCGACGAAUUAGAAAGCAUAGUGAGAAUCAAACAGGCAGAGGCUAAAAUGUACCAGACGCGCGCAGAUGAUGCGAGAAGAGAAGGCGAGGACCUGAAAAGAAUUGUGUCUGCUAAGAAGGACAUGAUCGAAGAGGAGUAUGUAUUAGGUGUUGCGAAAUUGCGGAUGGAAGAGUCAAAGGCGGAGGAAAUGCAAAAGAAGAAACUGGAGGAGUUUGAAAGUGUAGAAAGAGCUUAUCGCGAAUAUUUGGAUAUGAAGACGAGAAUGGAAAUUGAUAUCAAAGAACUGCUAUUGAAAAUUGAAGCAGCCAAAAGGAAUCUCACAAUGUGACUAUAUCACUUUAAAAAGUAGAAAUUUCAAAUUGUCUUUUAGCCUCUUUCAUUCUUGUCUCUACUAGCUAGCUAGCUAGCUAGGAUGAAGGAUCUGUGUAAAUAUGUCUGUUGUUGAUUAAGAAAGAAUAUUAAUAGUUUUC